CAGCACUCUACACCAUGCAAUCACUGGCACGGGCGACGACGGCUGCUGCGCUUGCUCGGCCAGGCCCUUCCUCCACCGUCGUACUCGGACGCAGAUAUCUUGCUGCAGACUCGCAUGCUCACCACGAUGAGCACCACGACAAUACACAAUACCGCCCCGAAGGGUUCACAUCCGCUGGCUGGCGCUACCUCAUCGUCGGCGCUGCCGCGGUCGUAGCAUUCUACAAAUGGGCCCCUGCUCCUGGUGAAGAGGCCUAUCUUACGCGGUACAUCAAGUACUACAUGACGCCGGCGGAGUCCUGGGAGGCCGUGAACACAAAACACCUGCUGCUCUCCGCGGAGGCGCAGGCGGGCUCGCUGCUGAUUGCGGGCGCGAAGCGGCCCCUUGUGCACCGGUACCGAUACCCUCAGAUGCUCGACCACGGCUCGCCGCAUCUGCAGCCGAUCGGGACGCAGGUAGACCUGAGCAACGUGGUGGUGAAGGGGGACCGGGAGUAGACUAGACUAUUUGUGUAUGCAGAUUGAACAGAGCUGUUGACGGAUGUGUACGGCAGGCAUGUUCGAGUUGAUUUUGAUGGGCG